AAGAAUUGUUGGAAUCGGAGCACAUAUGAAGAAGUUACGAAGAAAUGUUUGAUGGAUUUGUUACAACUCAUUGGAAGUCCUUGUCAACUGCUAUACCAAAGUCCUUCCCUUUCUACCCCACCUUCCAACUGUGCUUCAAUGCCUUUUCCAUCAUGUCUCUGAACUUGAGGACUCUGGUGGAGGUGAUACUUCAGUCCAAGGAGGCAGCUCAAUCCAAGAUUCUGGCAUUGCAACGCAAAGGGGAGCGCGUACAAGCCAGGGGUCACUGCUUAAGGAGGUGCUGAAGAACUUCACCAUUGAGAAGUUUUC